AUGAUUUUGCUCGAAAGUUCACCGAUCAUCCCGCUCGGAAUUGUUACCUAUCUUUUCCUUGACAAUGUACCCAAUGCAGUUCAGUGGCUGAAGAAUAUUGAGAAGCAGAUAUUGGCAAAUCUUCUUCGAAAUGAUGCUGGUAUAACCGAUCGUAAUCUCACAUCAAUUACUCGACUUUCAUGGCGAGAAGUUUGUUAUGUUUUUGUCGAUUGGCGAAUCUAUCUCUAUGGCCUGAUUGAUUGUGGCAAUGCGGCUGUCACUCUAUCUUUGACAACAUUUCUUACCACACUGAUGGAAAAUAUGGGUUACUCUAAAACUGAAGCAAGCUUAAUGAUAGCACCACCUAAUGUUGUCGCAUGUAUUUGCUAUUUGCUGGCCAUCUAUUCGUCGUCACGUCGAAAUGAACAUGGCUAUCAUAUUGCGUUUUGUCUAUCGAUUGGUUUAUUGGGAUGUAUCCUAAUGCUCACUCUGUUCGAUAAAGGUAAAGUGGCAAUUUUUGUCAGUACUACCGUUACUUUUUGUGGUAUAUUUUUUACAUGUCCUUUACUGGUCUCUUGGUUAACAAAUAAUGCUGGUGGUCAUACAAAUGAAGCAAUGGCGAUUAGUUUCGUUAUCCGUAUCGGUGAAAUGAGUGGCAUUGUCACACCUCUGGUCAGAAUUCGGCGUGUUAUAACUUAUGGAAUAACUUCUGAAGUCGAUUUGUAA